GGACUUCCCCCCCCCCCCACGGGUGUGGAUCUCCCCAGGCGUUCCGGGCCCGGGCUCUCCCAGCGCGAGGUCUCCAGUCCCCUGCAGGGGACGCUGGGGAGUUGGAUCGUAACCCAGCUCCGUCUUCUCUCCCCGGGCCUGGCUCCAACCCUGGCCCCGGGAGGUCGGGUCCCGCUCCGAUCUCAAGCUGGGCGGUGGCCCGCACCUGCGCAUCGCCCCCCAGCCGCGCGCCGGGGGCGGGGAUGGAGGCCUCCUCCUCCAGGGAGGCCGCCCGGGCGGCGGCGGGCCGGGACGUGCUGGCCGCCGACCUCCGCUGCAGCCUCUUCGCCUCUGCGCUGCAGAGCUACAAGCGGGACUCGGUGCUGCGGCCCUUCCCCGCUGCCUACACCCGCCACGACUGGAAGGACUUCGAGGCCCUGCUUGCAGAUACCCACAGGUUACCUAACCUGAAAGAACUUCUGCAGUCCUCUGGAGACAAAGACCAGUGGGCCUGGGACCUGGUGAGCUGGAUCUUAUCUUCCAAGGUCCUGACAAUCCACAGUGCAGGGAAAGCCGAGUUUGAAAAGAUCCAGCAACUGACGGGUGCCCCUCACACGCCUGUCCCUGCCCCAGACUUCCUUUUUGAGAUUGAAUACUUCGACUCAGCCAACGCUAAAUUUUAUGAGACCAAAGGAGAACGAGACCUCAUCUACGCCUUCCAUGGUAGCCGCCUAGAAAACUUCCAUUCUAUCAUCCACAAUGGCCUUCACUGCCACCUGAAUAAGACGUCCUUGUUUGGAGAGGGGACCUACCUCACGAGUGACUUGAGCCUGGCCCUCAUUUAUAGUCCUCACGGCCACGGGUGGCAGCGCAGUCUCCUGGGCCCCAUCCUUAGCUGUGUGGCUGUGUGUGAGGUCAUUGAUCAUCCAGAUGUCAAGUGCCAAACCAAGAAGAAGGAUUCCAAGGAAAUAGAUCGUGGAAGAGCAAGAGUGAGGCAUAGCGAAGGGGGAGACGUCCCCCCUAAGUACUUCGUGGUCACUAAUAACCAGCUGCUGCGUGUGAAGUACCUGCUGGUGUACUCGCAGAAGCAGCCCAAGAGCAGAGCAUCGAGCCAAUUCUCCUGGUUUUCCAGCCAUUGGUUUAUGGUCAUGAUGUCCCUAUAUCUGCUGCUGCUGCUUUUAGUAAGCAUCAUCAACUCCAAUACCUUCCAGCACUUUUGGAAUCGUGCAAAGAGAUGAUCAUUUGGGCACUUGGUAUGGGCACCCACCUCGGCCACACGCCUUAAAAUCCUCAUUCUUCUACCUCUGGUGCCUCACUCAGCCAAGCCUGAGGACCAAUUGUGGGACCACAGGACCAUUUUCCAGAUGCAAUCAACGGACUGUUUGCCUUUGAAGAUGUUCCCAGACAUACUUUAGUCAAGUUGUGUGUGUAGGGGAAUGUCUGGCUUCUCACUGGAAGGUUCCAGAGGAGCUCUUCUAACCACUGCUUCCUAAACAGUCCUCUGAAAUGGACUUUUUUUUUUUUUUCUAGCCAGGGCCAAAGGAAAAAGUCGUGUCACAUUUAGGAAGCAAGUGUUCAAGCCAUCAGUGGUAUGUUGACAAUCAUUCUUGGCAGAGGUUGGGUGUUUUCUAAUGCCUUCUGGAAGGCUGCAGCAGGGAACUAUCAAUCACGACGCAGGCGGUUGCCUUGUUUUGACUCAAGACACCCAAGAGAGACAGUCAUGUUUCUCAUAAAAAAAAAAAAAAAAAAA